AUGGCGGAUGGUUGCUUUCUUAUUUUAUGCGGAAUUCCUGCAUCAGGAAAAUCUACCUUAGCCAAAGAUUUGAUCCAAAAAGAAUGGAAAAUAGCUGAAAAAUGUGUACAUUUUGUAUACAUAAACUAUGAUGACUUUAUACCUGAAAACCUGCCUGAAAAUGAUCCAACACACUCUGCAAGGUGGAAGGACAGGCGUAGGGAUAUAUUAAACAGUUUAGAACAUUUGUUAUUGCAUAAGGAGAGUGUUGGAUUAGAAAUUAAUAAUCAGGCAUCACGUAAAAAUACAUUUGUCAGUAGCUGGUGUUCAUGUGGCAUCAAUAAUUUCAUUAAUAGGUAAGAAAGUUCAAGUGCCUCCCCCCACCCCUGACUGGAAAGUUUGGAAAUUGCGUGCCAGAGAUUUCAAAAAUUUAAUAGUAAUUAUAUAGAAAGCAUCAAAAUUGUGCGCCGGAGAUAUCCGCUGCGAAAUUUCAAACUUUCCACACUGGCCCCCACCCCCCGUGGCAACCUGAUAAUAUAACAUAAUUAGUGUAUCUAAAGUAGGGUGUUGUGUUAAUACAAGCUCAUGAGGAUAUAACUUUGAUUAAGGAAUACAGUUAUAAGUGAAUCUAUAACCGAAGCUCGUUUUGUUCUUUUGAUGUACGCUAUAUGUACCUAUUUUUAUGAUAUUUUUCUUAAUCAGCAGUGAAUAGUACCACGGUUUGUGAAGAACUUUCUUCCAUUUUGGUUCAAAAGUUGUUUACACAAUUACACUCACAGCAGCUUUAACUCACAGCCUCUUUGCAUGUUUGGCAGGGUCGAUCAUAAACUCUUGUAAAACAUUAGGUCCAUGAGCCCAGAUCUUCAUAACUUUAAUUCUUACUAAUAAUAUUACAGUAAUUUGUACAGAUGAAGAUCUGGGUGUCCAUGAACCAAAACAUAAUAUAUUUUAUAUAGGUGCAAUGAUCUAUUGCAUGUCGUGGUCAUAGAUGAUAAUAUGUUUUACAGAAGUAUGAGAUAUGAAUAUUAUCAACUGGCAAGAAAAAGUGAGUUAUAAGAACUAAAUUAUAAGAACCUAUUUCCUGAUCAAACAGAAGUAGUGUACUAAUUUUUCACCAUUUUCUUUCAGUUUCGUUUAGUUUUGCUCAGAUUUACUUGCACUGCCCACUUGAACUGGCUUUACCUCGAAAUGCACAACGACCAGCAUCAGUCAAUGAGGAUACCAUCAUUAAAAUGUUUAAUCAUAUUGAGAAACCAGAUCCUGAGAAGUUUAGUUGGGAGAAGUUUAGUGUUACAAUUAAUACCAGCAGUUCCCAAAGUGAUAAUAAAUGGUAAAGUACUCGAUAAUUUUUGGAAGUCUUUGAAUGAUAUAGAUAGAUAAAUGGCCUAACGGUGGUGUUAUCAAAGUUGUUUCGUCUUCCGUCCAAAUAUCUCCGCUGCUGGCAGACAUUUUGCAUAAAUAUGACGGUAGAUCUGAACGCGCAAGACAAUAGGGAUUGGUACCAGAGUUUCAGUUCACUUUGAGUUCGCCUUUCCGUUCACAUUGCACGCGGAUUAGGUUGGAUCGAUCUCAGACCUCCUCCUGAAAUGAACUCGUUUAGAUCGAUCUCAGUUCGCAUUCUUGCAUUCACAUUGAGAUCACUUUGCCAUGGAUCGGGCUGAGAUCGACCUAACUAGUGUGAACAAAGUCUAAGACUCCCUAGACCGCCCCCUCCCUACAGCCGCCUACUUUAUCAAAACAGACACCUACUCUGAAUAAUUCUGAAAGCCCUGUGUUGGCAACCUAAUUCCCCCCCCCCCCCUAUCGAAAUUUUGUGAAGUGUUUGCCACUAAGAUUUUGAGUUUAUGUUGUGUAGGAUAACUAUUGUUAAAUUACUUGAGAAUGCUGCUUUGGUUCCUGCACCUCCUUUGAAAAUGUCUGAUGACAUGCAGAAGGUAGGGUUUGUCUAGCUGCAGUUCUAUAUUCUGGUGUUGUUUUAAAUAAGUUCACUCAUAGUUUUUUUAAUAUUUGCUUACAUAUACAGUCCAAAGACAGAGCAGUUACUAUGAAGAGUAUUUCUCAUCAGGCUGAUCAGGUUGUAAGAAAACUCAUCUCUGCAAAGUUGCAAGAAUUGAAAGGUAAUGGCGUAAUACUAGACCUGUUGCGUAGAGUUUACGACUGUUAAUGAAUAAAAUCGUCUGGCGUUAGACAGGGUGAAAUAAUAAAGCAGGCACGCAAUUUAACGAGUUUGGAAAAGUCUGGUCGAUGUACCACUAAGACCCCGUUUACACGGUACCGGACGAAUUUGAGACCGGCCUGAAAUUCGUCGUUUUUUGCCUGUUUACACGCGAAUUCGUCCUGUUAGGGGGUCUCAAAUUCGUCCGGUUCCGUGAUUCUCGUGUGUUUACACGGCGGAAACGGACGAAUUUCAGCCCAGUUCCAAAUUCGUCCGGUACCGUGUAAACGGGGUCUAAAACAAACAUUCGGACAAAAUUGUAAAAUUUUUAUCUUUCUCUAAAAUUCCCAAAUUUCUCCAAAAUGAUUGAAAAAGUAAUAGAACCCUCACAAAAAAACCUGUCCAAUAUUUUGUAAUAAUCAUUAUGAUUCCAGCUAAAAACAACCCGAGUGACACACUGAAGCAAGAAGCAUCGUCCUUGAACCAACGUCGAAAGAUGAUUAUGGAACAUAUUAAGAAAGAACCAAGACAAAUAAUGCAUCACCUCUUCAAUCAUAAUAGCUUUUGUCUUGAUGAUCAUUCUGAACUAGAUAACCUUACUAAAUCUUCAUUGAACAAAACCAAAAAAUCGGAAAAAACUUGUGACCAAGAACUUCCCAAUUCAAAGACUUUUUCUGAAUGUAAAAACCGAAGUGCCAGUCUGGGUUGUCUUGAACCCUCUGAUGAGCGCUCGAUGGACGAAACUUUCUUGGAGGAUUUUUGGGAUAUUGUUUCUCCUGAAGAAUUUGGUGAUAUUGUGAGGAGAGUUUUUGAACAGACUUGAUGUUUCCCUCGCAAAGAUUGCUCCCUGCUGUAAAGACAGAGAGAUAAAAGAUGUAUACAGG